CGUCGGAUCGCCCGCGCCCGUAGGUGACCGCGUGGGUCAAAUUAGUCCCCGUUUGGUGACCGUCGAAUAUUCAGUAGACUCCAAGCUUCUCCCUUAUGCGACUGAGGACAGUAUCGUAGGUUUCCCGACAGACAGUCAGGUCCUCUUCGAGGUGGUGAUCACAAGGCGUCUCGGGAGUUGUCCCCAUCCCAUCCUCUUUUUUCUUUAAUAAUUCCAACGAUUCAAUUCAAUUCAAUUUACGAGAGAGAAAGUCAUCAUCGACGUCAGUCGUGGUGUCGCUCUAUUUAUACAUUGCAUCUCAUCACAGGGCGACAUGUCAUGGCGAGCAGCGAUCGCUGAUGUAAGCUGGACUACUAGAGCAGCAGGAGUGAGAGUUGCAAGCUCGUCAAGGACAACGACACUGCGUUUCACCACCCGAACACUUCACACUGGUCGUCGCUGUCAGUCUCAUGAAAAUCCACUGGUGGGAGUUCCAACCCGACCUCCAUGAGAGUCACUCGCAAGCUGACACUCCCGUCUUGUGCAUGCAGGGAAUACCGCGUAACGAUGUCCGUAUACCACCCACUCUACCGCGAAGAGGGGCAGGCCCACCACAAAAGAGCAAGAUAAGAGGUGUCAAACAAGUCCUUGUGGUGGCUAGUGGGAAAGGGGGAGUGGGUAAAUCAACCGUUGCGGCAAAUAUAGCUCUAUCUCUUCUGUCUACCUCUUCGUCGUCCUCCCGACCGAGGAUAGGUCUACUGGAUCUCGACAUUUUCGGACCAAGCGUGCCCAAGUUGAUGGGUCUGGAGAAUGCGGGCGAUGUCGAGCUUACGGACGCGAGCCGAUUGAUACCGCUCCAAAAUCAUGGAAUUCAGACCAUGUCUAUAGGAUACCUUCUUCCCCCGAAUCCAGCGAACGACUCGCCAGUCGUCUGGAGAGGAAUGAUGGUAAUGAAGGCUGUCCAGCAGCUCCUGUUCGACGUAGACUGGACAUCAGGAGGCAACGAUCUCGAUGUCCUCGUCAUAGACAUGCCGCCGGGGACUGGAGACGUUCAGCUCAGUCUGGGACAGUUGGUUGUCGUCGAUGGCGCCAUCAUCGUUUCCACGCCUCAGGACGUGGCGCUCAUUGACGCGAGAAAAGGAGUGGGCAUGUUCAGGAAAGUCGACAUACCUAUCAUCGGGCUGCUUCUCAACAUGUCACAUUUCACCUGCGGAAGCUGCACAACACAGCACGAACUCUUUGGCAGCGCUGCAAAAUUUGAAUCGGCUGCGCUAGAUCUCGGUCUCCCCAUAUUAGGACGCAUACCGCUAGUACCGUCAGUCAGCGAUGGUGGAGAUGCAGGUCGCCCCAUCAUGGUUCAAUCUUCACCAGAUGGCGAAGAAGUCCGAGAGUGUAUGGGAAACAUCGGAUCAACGGUAUGGCAUUGGCUUGCUCGACAACCUGCCUCUCAGGCAGGCACGAGAGGGUAAUGCAAAUUUGUGCUUGGAACUCUGUGGCACUUCCAUGAUCGCCACCCUACGCCUGGCACUCUCACUCCUUUGCCGACCUCCUUUCAGUCUGAAUUAAAGAGUACAAUGGUCGCCUUGGGGUCUUCUCUCACCUUGGCAUUCUCACUAGCACAGACGACUUAAAAAGCUCGUCGAUCGAGAAUUGCAUUCCACUUCCCACAUUCCAUGACCACAUUCCAUGAUGUCUGCUGAUACCAGUGUUCUUCCUGCACUGCAUGUUGACCUUAUCUUCUCCUUCGAUCGUGGUGCGGAAGAUGUCACGUGGCGAAUUACCGAUGACUCUGCGUCCGUUCCUAAUUCUCU